AUGCCAGAUACUCUCGAGGGAAAGGUCAUUACUAUUGCGGGUGGAGCAUCUGGAAUAGGCCUGGCCCUUGGAAGACUUCUCGCAGAGAGAGGAGCUAUACUGAGCAUCGCAGACGUCACAGAAGAAGGCAUCCAAAAAGCCAAGGUCGAGCUUGAACAAUUGUCCUCGGGUUUUACAGUCCUGGCAGAGAAAGUGGAUGUUAGGCGAAAGACCGAAGUCGACGACUGGAUCGAGAAGACUGUCUCCAAAUUUGGGCGCUUAGACGCUUCUGCCAACGUUGCAGGCGUCAUAAACACGGUUCAACCACUGACUGCUCUAUUCCAUGAAGAGGAUGAGCACGGUGCCGAGGGGUGGCAAUGGGUCUUUGAUGUCAAUGUCAAUGGUAUGGCCAACUGUCUACGAUCCGAACUCAAGCAUUUGAAGCAUGGAGCUUCAGUUGUCAAUGUGGCAUCGAUUGCUGGACUUCGCGCUACGCCUGGAACGCCGCACGCAUACAUCGCAUCGAAGCAUGCAGUCGUCGGGCUAACAAGAUCUUUGGCACAGCAGUAUGGACCACGUGGAAUCCGCAUCAAUGCUGUCGCUCCUGGUGUUACUGACACCCCAAUGCUGAGAAAAGCUCGAGAGGAACUCCAGCGAGGAAAUGAACAGAAGGAGCUCAUUGGGGGAAGUCCGAUCGCAAGAGCUGCUGAUCCGGAAGAAGUUGCGAAAGCUAUUAUGUACUUACUCUCUCAUGACGCGAGCUUUGUGACUGGAGCAAUUCUGAGUGUUGAUGGUGGCCUCAACACCUAG